AUGCCAGGAACAAAUCCAUGGGAGACCCAUGUCGGUUGGAUAGAUUUGAUCGUACGGUCCGAACCAGUGCCACCAUUCAUAAAACCAGCCCGGUAUACCCGGAAAUUAGAAACCCAGGUUGAGAAAAGGGUUUGGUGGUAUGGAGAUGUUGAAAACCAAGGUCUUGUAAGGGGGCGAUUCGAAGGUAAUGAGUAA